AUCAGCAAGGCUCGAACAGCAACAUCAAAGGAAAAGAGAGGUAUCAGCUCAGCUUGAUCUUCAUCUUACUCGAGCAUACAGCACAGUGCUACUUGACGACACCACACCGGUUCGCCUUCCCUGCUCACCACCGACACUUCUGUGAGCUCUCAGCGAAGUCCAUUGACUCCGACAUUCGUCGAGUUAAAGAUGGCUGCGACAGCAUCAGCUUUCCGCCCGGGCCGCAAGCAGAGCGUUAGUGGAGGAUCGGUACCCUUCGGUGACCCGUCAGGGUCGGGAGCAACAGGGAUGGCACCGUCCCCCGUGCCAAGUCUUCCUCACGCCUUUGUAGGGAGUACCGGACCGCACAGCAGCAUGGGAGGAUUGAGCGUUCCAGGUAGACCUGGAUUUGGAGGAGCGGGAGGACACAGCUCCAAUAGUAUGGACGGAGGCAUCGGCUCGAGUCUGAUGUCUGGACCAGGUGGCGCCGCUUUGAUGAGCGGAGCACCAUUGGCCGCAAACACCAUUGCGAACAAGCCUGCUGUGGCGGCUGGCAGUCUCUAUCAAGCAUGUCUGGCUUUGAGAGAUAGACUCUGGCUUGUAGAAGGCUUUGGCGAGUCGUUCUUGAGCGAAUCUGUCGCAGCUGGGAACGCGACAUCUAGCCCUCCACGGGAUGGAGCUACAGCUCUCAGACCAGUGCAAUCGACCGACGUAGUAUCACAACUUUGGCAACUCUUCCGACUUGGUGCACCGCUCUGCGCUCUGUUCAACAGACUGGGCCCGAGAGCUCCGCUGACAAUCAACCCCGGCGCAAAUCCUAGCAAUGCGAACGAAUGCAAAAAGCAAGUAGCGAAGUUCAUCAUUGCGCUGCAGAAUGAGCUUAGUUGGGAUCCAGACGACUGUUUCACAGUCACUCAGCUCUACCUCAGCGAUACGAAUGGAUUUGUCAAAGUCGUACGAUGCAUUUCCAAGCUUUUGGACGUCUUCGAGGCCAGGGGGCUCCUGGUGGAGUCUGCACAUGCCCCUUCGUCGGCCCUUGACGAUGUUACCAAGCCCAAUGAUGAGCGCGCUUGGAUCGUCCGAGAAUUGCUUGACACUGAACGCAAGUACGUGCAGGAUCUUGAGGUAAUGCAAAACUACGCGCGGGCACUCGGCCAGAACGAUAUUCUGCCUCCAGACACCAUUCACAACCUCUUUGGCAACCUCAAUACGCUGGUAGAUGUGAACCGUCGCUUCUUAAUUUGUAUUGAAGAGAAUGCCAGAAGACCGCCGGACGAGCAGCAUUUUGGACACGUCUUUCAGACCAUGGAACAAGAAUUCUCUGUGUACGAACCUUUCUGUGCGAAUUACGCGCAAGCUCUGGACAUCAUCAGCGCAGAGGCUCUCAAUAUCCAGCGAUUGAGAGCAUUGCCAGCAGCAGAGGGUUGCUAUUUGGAUCCUUCGUAUGAGCUGCCGACGUUCUUGAUCAAACCAGUGCAGCGCAUCUGCAAGUAUCCGUUGCUCCUCGAGCAAUUGCAGAAGAAGACGUCACCCCAAGCACCCAUUUACAAAGAACUGGUCGAUGGCCUGCAGGUCAUCAGGCGAAUCACCGACAAGGUCAACGAGACCCGAAGGUUGCAGGAGAACAUCCAGAUUCUUCGAGAGCUGGAAUUGAGAGUCGAGGACUGGAAAGGCCAUUUGGUUAGCUCCUUCGGACCUUUGCUGCUAUCGGACGUGUUCGUGGUCUCCAAGAGCGACACUGAGCGCGAGUACCAUGUCUACUUGUUCGAGAGAAUAUUGCUGUGCUGCAAGGAAAUCCUACCUAAUCAGCCAAACAAGAAGAAUUCGAAGAGCAACAGUCUUCUCAAGCAGAAGACGACCGCUGCACAGACGCCGCCCGGCAAGAAGCCCAAGACAACGCUGCAACUCAAAGGGCGCAUCUUCAUGGCCAACGUGUCCGGGGCCAAAGCGCACUCCAAAGUUGCUUCUGUAUCUGGCCUCCCAGGAGGUUCACAUGCCUUGCAGGUAUGGUGGAAAGGAGACGUUGGACACGAGUCUUUCAGCCUCAAGUGCAAGAACGAGGAGCAGCUCAAGCAGUGGCUGUCUGCGCUGAACAGGUGCAUCGAGCUCGAGGCCGCCCGCAAAGCCGAUCAGCUGAAGCGAGGCAUCUUGUCACCCGCUCAAAAUAUGACUGGAACUGGAGCUGGUCUGAAUGGCAGACGGUCUACAGCAGGCUCGGCCGGACCCGCAUCGCACUUUCCUCAGACUCCUCUGACUGAGAUGGGUACCGGAUUCCCAUUUACGCGUGCUGAUAGCCAGAUGAGCUACCAGAGCAGAAUGGACAGCGGCGAGGUAGACUACGAUACGAUCGAGGGCUUGCGAGACCAUGCCAACCCAUCUGGCUUCGCAGGUGGCCGUUCCACGCCACUCGGAGGCCGCUACUCCACUCCGGCUGAGCACCGAGAUCGGCAGAUCUCUUUCACGUCUUCAGAUGGCAGACCAAGGGCUAGGACGGAGGACCAAGAUUCGUCAGUCUUGACGCAGUGGCGCUCCCAUUCACCGGCUGUUCCCUUGCCCGGCCGGCAGUCCACGUCCUCCAGCGGUAGCGCUGGAGCGAGCGUUGCAGCUGCAGCAGUGACUGCGUUGCAAGAGCGAGAGCAACAACUUCGCAAAGCGUCAAGCAGCCGACAGCUUCGAGCGCCGGGCUACCCACAUGCACAGGGUCCAGCGCAGACAGGGUUCCACCGACCUGCAAGAGCUGGAGGGGAUGUCGCUGCCCGACAUGAAGCUGGAGAUCUUGUGGAGCAUCUUGAUCACCUCACGAUGCGAACAAGAGCUGAUUCUACUGCACACGCAAUGGAGAGUAGCAAUGCGAAUGGAGGCGGCGUCCAUGGCAGAAGCAGGUCUGCGAGCAAUCCCAUGGCGUUCAGCGCACCGGGCGCUACCGAGCCACCUCCACCUGUGCCUCGCGCUCCAUACCCGCCGCACCUGGUGAACGUGGGACUUGCAGAGCCACAAGCGAUCCGAGCGCCGAACCAUUACAUGAACGGCCAAGACAAGCGCAUUAGCUCCUCCAGUAUCUCAACCAUGGACUCAGUGCACUCCAUCGGAUCUGUACCAGGAUCAACAGCUGCAAGUUCUCCGGUCACGCACGGACCUUCCAGCAAUGGCUUGUCAUCUUCGCGCUCGACUGCCAACUCCACACCUACUCAACACGCGCAAAAUCAGCACUCCAAUGCCGUUAAGCUCGUGGUCCACUACCGCGACGAAACGUUCGUGGUCGUGGUGCUGGCGACAACGAGCUUGUUGGGCCUCAUGGAUAAGCUCGCCAAGAAGAUGCGCGACAUUGAUGGGCGCAAAGUCGAUCCGCAAGCCAUUCGCAUACGCUACAUCGAUGAUGAAGGCGAUCGCGUCGCCAUGCAGGCCGAAGACGACGUGCAGAUGGCCUUUGACCAAGCUAGAAACUCAGGGGGAGACGUGCAGUUGAUUGUGACGGUCCAGGUCUAGAUCUCCCCACCAGACCUUACAUCUUGUGAUCUGCACUCGGCAACACGUCCCCGGAUCUCUCAGCAAUACCCCAAAAUCUGG